AGAGACUUUCCUAAAAGCGUGUCCCUCCAUUCCCGAGAAUGUCUUUGAGCAGUGCUGUUGUUUCAACUGAGCCGUUCCCGGGCCAAAAGCCUGGAACCAGUGGCUUGAGGAAGCCUGUUCCUACUUUCAAAACCGAAAAGUACACGGAAAAUUUUGUUCAAUGUAUUUUGAAUUCCAUGGAAGAUAAGUUAUCUGGCUCUACUCUGGUUGUUGGUGGCGAUGGACGUUAUUAUGGCCAUGAAGCUGUUGAGAAAAUCAUCCGAAUUUGCGCCGGUAAUCAGGUGCGAAAAUUGCUCGUUGCCUUGGAUGGUAUUAUGUCAACACCUGCCGUUUCUCACGUAAUUCGGAAGAGGAAAGCUGACGGAGGUAUUCUUCUGACUGCAAGUCAUAAUCCCGGCGGACCUGAUGGAGAUUUCGGGAUUAAAUUCAAUGUUAGCAAUGGUGGCCCUGCUCCGGAAGGUGUGACGGACGCUAUUUACAAACUAACGCUUUCCAUCAAAGAGUACAAACAUGUUCCUGAUCUGUCUUGUGAUUUUUCCAAGAUCGCUACUACGGAAUACGUGGUUGACGGCAAUCCGUUCACCGUCGAAGUGGUUGAUACCGUUUCUGAUUACUUGGAGUACAUGAAAGAAAUAUUCGAUUUCGCGCCCAUCAAAACCAUGUUGCAGGGCGAUGGUAAUAAGCCUGCCGUGCCGGUACUCUUGAAUGGACUGAACGGGGUUACGGGACCAUAUUUGGAAGCCAUUUUCUGUCAAGAGCUUGGGGCUCCAGCUGCCAGUGUAGUGAACUCGAAGCCGCUUCCUGAUUUCGGCGGUCUGCAUCCAGAUCCGAACCUCACGUACGCUGCGAGUCUUGUUGAGGCUAUGAAGCAAGGACCGUUUCAAUUCGGAGCUGCUUUCGAUGGUGACGGCGAUCGGAAUAUGAUUUUAGGUGAGAAAGCCUUCUUCGUCACGCCUUCAGAUUCAUUGGCAGUUAUCGCCGACAACGCGGAAUGCAUUCCUUACUUCGCGAAACACGGGUUGAAGGGAUUUGCGAGAAGUAUGCCGACUGCUGGUGCCGUAGAUCGUGUGGCAAAGGCAUCUGGAAAGGAAAUGUUCGAAGUGCCAACUGGUUGGAAAUUUUUUGGCAAUCUGAUGGAUGCCGGACGUUUGUCUCUUUGUGGCGAAGAAAGCUUCGGCACAGGUUCCGAUCAUAUUCGCGAAAAAGACGGUAUUUGGGCUGCGUUGGCUUGGCUUCAAAUCCUAGCCGCUAGUGGAAAAACCGUUGAGCAACUUCUCACAGCCCACUGGCAGAAAUACGGGCGGAAUUUCUUUACCCGCUACGAUUAUGAAAAUUGCGAGGCUGCUCCGUGUGAUCAGAUGAUGAAAGAAUUGGAGCUUGCUAUGACCUCUCCAGGCUUCGUUGGGAAGGAAUUUUCUGCUGGUGGAAAGUCAUUCAAGGUUUCCCAAGCUGACAAUUUCAGCUAUACGGAUCCUAUUGACGGAAGCGUUUCGCAACGUCAGGGGUUGAAGAUCGUGUUCACUGAUGGGUCAAGAAUUGUUCUGCGCUUGAGUGGCACUGGAAGUAGCGGGGCAACAGUUAGGCUUUAUCUGGACAGCUUUGAGGAUGAUCCAGCGAAGCAGAUUUUGAGUGCACAGGACAUGUUGAAGCCCCUGGUUGACAUUGCGCUUGAGAUUUCCAAGCUGCCUGCGUAUACCGGUCGUUCAGUUCCUACGAGCGUAGCUCUUCUCAGUGUGGGCGGUGCUGCCGCUUUUUAUUCGUUGCCCUCGCAAGAGCAGAGGAAAGUGCGCAUUCUUUUAGAAGGAUUCGGCAGAUUUUUUCGAUCUAUGAAGAUCGGGAUGCAGAUUUCUCUCGACUAUGCAAUAUCUCUUCGUGGUUUCGACGAGAGCUCCAAGGAGUACGCCGAAGAAAUGAAGAAAAUUCACCUUCGUUCCGCCGAAAGUUUAGCUGCCGGCUGCAUGCAGAAUGGCGGAGUAUACAUAAAACUCGGACAGGGUUUGGUUUGCAUGAAUCACAUUCUACCUCCGGAAUAUAUCAACACCUUGCAAGUAUUACAAGAUAAAGUUCUACCGAGACGGGAAGAAGAAUUGCAUCAGCUUUUCGAGGAAGACUUCGGUAAACCCGUAGAAGAAGUGUUCAGGGAGUUUGAUACGAAACCGAUUGCUGCGGCUAGUCUCGCUCAGGUGUAUAAAGCCAAGACAUGGGACGAUAAAGAAGUGGCUGUGAAAGUGCAAUACAUUGAUCUUCAAGACCGAUUCUAUGGAGAUGUGCGAACGGUCGAGCUCUUGUUGGACUUGAUCGGGUUCAUGCACCCGAAUUUCGCCUUCAAGUGGGAUUUGAAAGAAACUCUUGCCCAAGAGUUGGAUUUCAUCAAUGAAGCUAAGAAUGGUGAACGGUGUGCCAAGGAUCUUUCGAAGUUUCCCUUCAUUUACGUGCCAAAAGUAAAAUGGAAUUUGACUUCUCGGCGGGUUCUGACGACGGAAUUCAUUAAUGGGAUGAAAAUUAGCGACUCUGAUGCCUUGAAAAAGGCUGGUUUGUCGCUGGAAGAUAUAGACAAAAAGUUGGUGAAUGCAUUUUCCGAGCAAAUCUUUCACACUGGAUUUGUUCACGCUGAUCCUCACCCUGGAAAUAUUCUUGUGCGAAAAUCAAAACAGGGUGAUGCGGAAUUGGUGCUUUUGGACCAUGGACUGUAUGAGCGUCUUCCAAACAGAGUCCGUCAUAAUUUAUGCAACCUGUGGAAAAGUAUUAUUCUUCAAGAUCAUGGCGGAAUGCGGGAGUACACUAAGAACCUGGGAGUUGAUGAGCAAGACUAUCGUCUGCUGUCCAUGUUCUUAGCCCAACGAUUUGUGCCCGAUUUUGGCGGAAGUGAUUUUAGAAAAAGCAACGAGAUGUUUGGCUGUGAAGGUCCGUUGAACUACAAAGAAAUUUACGAGAAGAUGUCUCCCGAUGAGAAGAAAGCUUUUCUUGCGAAGUACGAACGGGUUCGCGUCAGGGUCUCCAUGAUGCUUCGGGCGAUGCCCUCCGAGGUUUUGCUCGUUGUCAGCUCGAUUUUGUUGAAUAAGAAUGGAGAUUGGCACACUUUGGCUGAGAUUUUGACGCAGCGACCGAUUGUGAAAGAUGGAACGACUAAGAUGUCUGUGCGUCUGACCGCGGCAGAUUUGCAAUACAUGCAGGAACAAGCAGCACAGCAUUUUGACAGAGUUAUGGCGGUCAUUCGUGGCAUUCCUCGUCCCAUGCUUCUCGUAAUUCGAAAUAUCAACACCAUUCGUGCUAUAACGAAAGAUCAUGGGAACCUCGUUGAUCGAUACUUACUUAUGGGGCGGGUCGCAGCAAGAUGUUCAGCUGGUGCGAAUCAUGGAAUCUUCUCUUCGUUAUCCCGGAAUGUAUCCGAAUAUCGAUUUGAAUUCUGGCUCAGGCUUUCGCUGCAACGAGAAUUUCGAGAAAUCCUUCGUGUUUCGGUAUGCGUAUGCGUGGAGCAGCGGCGAAUGGGGCUGAAAUGUUAUUUGGUCUACGCAGAAAACGGGACAGGACACGAGAAAGGUGUCGUCUUUGUUGGAUCAAAUGACGUGAUGAUGCAAUGCCGGUGGGCUAGGACCAAUCAGUCGUCGAUUGUGUGCGGAUCGGGUGGCGGUUUUGGAGGUCGAUUAGGGGAGCCGGAUGCGGUGUUCCCGGCGUUACGUGCGCACAUACAAGGUCUGGCGAAGCUGGAUACUUGGAUUCGAACGCGAUCCGAAAGCGCGAGCCGCUGGGAUGGAAAUCAAGCGGGCUGGAAUGCAGUUCGCUGGUUGAUUUCGUGUCGUGUAUUCCCAGCAGCAGUGGUGCAAUAA